AUGGUCGAUAAGAGAGGUGGACCGGGUAGCUGUAAAGGUAGUAUAGUAGAAGAAUUGGUUAACGAAUACAGUUUUGAUGAUGUGGACGUUGAGUUGACGUUGUUUGAAAAUGUCGCUUCGUUGGCCGGUAGUACUGUCGAUGGAACCGCUGAACUUCAGGAUCUUUUACGGGAUUAUAAUAAUUUGGUGACGAUGGAUUGGCUUCUGUCAAUGAUAAGUGCACAUAUCGCCAAUAGUGAGAAAAAAUUUUUUGUCAUUGACAUUGUACCAACAAUGGCCGCUAUACAGAAGUGUGCAUCAUUUCAGAAGCUGAAUCAUGAUGAAGAUAUGGAAAAUUUUGAAAAACAGCAUGAAGUUGUACUCGCCUUGGAUUUAAAUAUUACUGAUGAAGAGGUGCUGCUGGGUAAAACGGGUUCUAAGGAAAAAAAAUUGGAAAAAGAGUUAAGUCCUGAACUAAAUGCAUUUAUGAAGGGUGCCGAUGAAGCGGACAAAGGUCGAUUAGAGAAACGUUAUGAAGCCUACUGCAAAUGUUCAGCACCAUUUAUAAGUUACUUUCAAAAGACUAAACGACUGUUACGAUUUGAUAUAUCGACAACAACCGGAACUGCAAAAAUUAUUCGAACACUGAAUGCAGCAUUAUAUAGUUUAGGUUUACAAAAAAAAAAUUCUAUGGUUCGAGCGGUACUGUUUGCACAAAAUGAACGACAGAUAGCAGAUAUGAAUUUGGAAUUAUAUCGAGUUAAACGAAUACAUUUGUGUGAUAUUACAGAUGAUAUUAAUGAACCUUUGGUAACGUUUUUCACAGUAUAG